AUGACGACUUUUGUGGACAUAACCCGUGGUUUUCUAGAACAAUUUACUACGUGCAUUGCCAAAGCCAAGCACCCGAUCAACCUCCUAGGGGUAACCCAAAGAAGCGGUGUACCGACCAGGAGGUAUCUUGGCAGGUUCAACGACGAAUGCCUAGAGAUUGACGGCCUGACCGAUUCGGUGGCCAGCUUGUGUCUGACAAACAGGCUGUUGAAUGAAGACUUCAAGGAAACACCUCACUACCAAACCUGUAUGGACCAUGCAAGAAAUCCAAAAUGUGGCGAGAGAGUACAUCAACGACGAAAAGGUCAGUCAAGUGGUGGCGGCCAACAAAUGAUAGCCGACAAAGGCAUCUUGUCGAAACCUCGCCAACUCAAAGACAGAACUGGCGGAAACAAAAAUCUCUACUGUGACUACCAUAAAGGUUUUGGCCAUAAAACCCAAGAUUGGUUUGACUUGAAGGACGCCUUGGAACAGGCGAUUCGUGAAGGAAAAAUGGCGGAGUUUUCACAGUUCAUAAGAGAACCCAAGAGGCGAGGGUGCGACCGAUCUGACGACGACAAAAGCCGCAUUGUGAAGCCAAUGCAAGAGCCCAAAGAAGACAACGACCGCGGCCUUACAGUCGUGAAUGUCGUAGUCGGAAGGGACGCAGCACCGAGAUCGAAGUCGGCAGCAAAGAAAGACGCUAAGGUUCUAGCCGUAUCAUCAACUAGCCACGGACCCUCCCGGCCCCCAGAAGAACCCCAAGAAUAUCAUUCGGACCGGAGGACGCUAAGUGACAUACCAGAGAAUCCUCCCAUGGUAAUCACGACAAGGGUAGGAACAGGGUUGGUCAAGCGAAUUCUCGUUGAAACCGCGCCGACUCCAACAUUAUGUUCUGAAACGUGUUUGACGCCCUGGGCCUCUGAGAAACCGACUUAA